GCCUACACCACCACGCAGGUGUACCAUGAGCGGGUCAACACCCACGUAGCUGAGAGCCACUUUGACUACACGGCCCACGGCGUGCGUGACGUCUCCAAGGAGCUGCUGGGCCUGGCUGAGCAUCCGGCCACGCGCCUGCGCUUCACCAAGUGCUUCAGCUUUGCCAGCGCUCGGGCCGAGGCUGCCUACCUGGCGCAGCGGGCACGCUUCUUCGGCCAGAACGAGGGGCUGGACGACUACCUGGAGGCACGAGAGGGCAUGCGGCUCCAGGAUGUCAACUUCCAGGAGCAGCUGAUGGUCUUCCCUGAGCCAGGGCGCCCUCCCUGGUUCGCCCGGCGCUGGGCCUUCUGGGCAGCCUCGCUGGCGCUUCUGUCCUGGCCGCUACGGGUGCUAGCCGGGUACCGCACAGCCAACGUGCACUAUCACGUGGAGAAGCUCUUUGGUACUGAGGAUGGGCCCGGCUCCCAGGAGCCCUCUGGCUACGGGCGCCCCAUCCCACGUGUGGCCACGGUGGACAUGACAGAGCUGGAGUGGCACAUCUGCUCCAACCGCCAGCUGGUGCCCAGCUACUCAGAGGCGGUGCUGAUGGAUGCUGCCAUGGCAGGCGGUGCCUACCUGCGGGGCUGGCAGCGCUGCCGUCGUACGCUGAGCAGCAACUCGCUCCCCUCUUGCAGCACCCGGGCCCUCUAUGCCCGCCUGCCCUUCAGCCGCAGCCGCUUCUCGCUGGGCCGGAGCAUCUUCCGCAGCCUGAGUGGGGGCGGGACAGAGAGGCAGCCCCUGGGGAAUCCACCCUGCUACCACGACGCCCUCUACUUUCCGGUGAUCAUCAUGCGCAGUGGGGAGACGUGUCCCCCACAGGGCACCCCGGGCACAGCGGCUGGGACGCCUCUCUGAACUCAGAGCACAGCCAGGAGCAUGGAUGGAUGCCCAGAGACAGGAAAAAAACAACUAAGCUACCCCCGGGGAACA